AUGGCCUCCGCGUCCCCGGCGGCGCCCAACGCCACGGCGCCCACGGCGGCGGGGGCGGCCUGGGCCAACGGCAGCGCGGCCGAGCGGCCGCUGUUCCACAUGUUCGCGGCGCUGGACGAGGAGCUGCACAGCGCCUUCCCCGGGCUGUGGCUGGCGCUGCUGGCCGUGCACGGCGUGGUGUGCGCGGCGGGGCUGGCGCUCAACGGGCUGGCGCUGUACGUGUUCUGCUGCCGCACGCGGGCCGCCACGCCCUCCGUCACCUACACCGUCAACCUGGUGGUCACCGACCUGCUGGUGGACCUGUCGCUGCCCACGCGCUUCGCCGUCUUCUACGGGGCCCGCGGCUGCCCGCGCUGCGCCUUCCCGCACGUCUUCGGCUACUUCCUCAACAUGCACUGCUCCGUGCUCUUCCUCACCUGCAUCUGCGUGGACCGCUACCUGGCCAUCGUGCGGCCCGAGGGCGCCCGCCGCUGGCGCCAGCCCGCCUGCGCCCGCGCCGUGUGCGCGCUCGUGUGGCUGGCGGGCGGCGCCGUGACGCUGUCGGUGCUGGGCGUGGCGGCCCGCGGGCCCUGCUGCGGCGUGUUCGCGCUCACCGUGCUGGAGUUCCUGCUGCCGCUGCUGGUCAUCAGCGUGUUCACCGGCCGCAUCGUGUGCGCGCUGAGCCGGCCGGGGCUGCUGCGCCAGGGCCGCCAGCGCCGCGUGCGCGCCGUGCAGCUGCUGCUCACCGUGCUCGUCAUCUUCCUCGUCUGCUUCACGCCCUUCCACGCGCGCCAGGUGGCCGUGGCGCUGUGGCCCGGCAUCCCGCGCCACGCCAGCCUCGUGGUCUACCACGUGGCCGUGACCCUCAGCAGCCUCAACAGCUGCAUGGACCCCAUCGUCUACUGCUUCGUCACCAGCGGCUUCCAGGCGGCCGUGCGCGGCCUCUUCCGCCGGCACGGCCCCCAGGGCGAGCCGGGAGCCGGCCCCGCCGCCGAGGGCGGCCUGCGCGGGGGCUCCCGGGGCGCCCGGCCCUGCGCCCUCACCCAGGCCCUGGCCAACGGGCCCGACGUGUGA